UUCACUUGACAUCAAUCUGAAGUGAGCAUAAUCGCAGUGACAGGUUCUCGCAUCUCUCUCCUCCUCCUCCCCCGUUAUCCGCCGGUCGGUCACCCACAUGCGCGCGAGACCGCGAGGACGAGGAUGAGGAGGAGAGCGCGCGCGCGCUCGGAGAUUAGCGCGUGAGUCAAGUCAAAGAAGAGAGACCGACCGGUGGGAUUAACCUGCGAAAACUACAAGAAAACAUGAAUUACAAAAACACGGCGCUGAUAACAUCGUGUUAAAGAUGAGUGUUUUCGGAGAAUAAAAAAAAAAAAAACGGGACAGAUAACGGCGCACUUAAUUACCACCGAAACACGAAGUGACCGUGAGCAGAACACAGGUUUAAGGGAGAGAAUACCUUUACAGAUUAAAUAUUUGCUUUAACAAGUGUGUGAGAUACAUCCAGGCCUGUGCAUCAUCCGUUAGGAUGCCGAUCCCAAAUCUUUCCCAGUAAACGGGGAACGUUGUUUUGUCGCGUCACUGAGGACAGCAGCACAAACACGCUGAAGAUCAAAUACAGCAUGGGAAGCAACCGAGCCAACAGGUACAGCAUCGUGUCCCCUGACGAGGAGGCGCUGAAGAUCUCCACCCUCGGCCUCCACAACGGCUGCGGCUCGGGCCGGCUGCACACCCCUGGAGGAGCGGAGGGUCCGAGUGGGUCGGCGAUGGGCACCGCCUACAACGGGAGGAUCUCCACGUCCGGUCGAGGCCAGCUGCGCAGCCGCUUCGUCAAGAAGAACGGCCAGUGCAACGUGGUCUUCACCAACAUGGACGACAAGCCGUGGCGCUACCUGGCGGACAUCUUUACGACGUGCGUGGACAUCCGCUGGCGGUACCUGCUAAUGAUCUUCUGCUCCACCUUCCUGGUGUCCUGGCUCAUCUUCGGCUUGAUCUUCUACAGCGCUUCUCUGGCUCACGGGGACUUCGAUAAAGAUCGUGUCGGGAAGCCUUGGAAGCCGUGUUUGCUGCACGUCGAGGGCUUCGUCGGGGCAUUCCUCUUCUCAAUCGAGACCCAAACCACCAUUGGCUACGGCUGGCGCUGCGUGACCGAAGAGUGUCCCGUAGCGAUCGCGACGGUGGUGGUGCAAUCGAUUCUCGGAUGCAUCAUUGACUCAUUCAUGAUCGGCACCAUCAUGGCUAAAAUGGCGCGUCCGAAGAAGAGGAACCAAACCUUGCUUUUUUCACAGAACGCAGUGAUUGCGUUGCGCGACGGGAAGCUUUGCUUAAUGUGGCGAGUCGGGAACCUUCGGCGUAGCCACAUCGUCGAGGCUCACGUUCGGGCGCAGCUCAUCCGACCCUACGUGACGGCUGAAGGCGAGUUCAUCCCGCUCGAACAAAUGGAUCUAAACGUGGGAUACGAUGAAGGAACCGACCGCCUCUUCUUAGUGUCGCCUUUAGUCAUCGUUCACGAGAUCGACGAGGACUCGCCACUUUGGACGAUGAGCCGAUCCGACCUCGUAUCCGACGACUUCGAGAUCGUGGUGAUCCUGGAGGGAAUGGUGGAGGCGACGGCCAUGACCACGCAAACGCGAAGCUCCUACCUUUCCCGCGAGAUCCUUUGGGGUCACCGCUUCAAGCCCGUCAUCUCCGAGGACCGCGACUGCUACAAGGUCGAUUACGCUCACUUCCACGAAACUUACGAGGUUCCCUCGACUCCUGCCUGCAGCGCUAAGGAGUUGAAAGAUCUGAGCGAACGCCGUUCGUCGGCUUCGUCCCGUUCCGAGACGCCGGACAUCCGCUGCCACCGCGGGGCUCAAACGUUCCUCCCGCCGCACUCGCCUAGCGCCUUCUGCUACGAGAACGAGGUGGCGCUGUGCUGCGGAGAGGACGAGGACGAGGAGCGUGCAGGUGAGGAUAUGACCGGCGUUCCCACAGGCUUCCAGAAAAUGUUCCAGGACUCGGCCACGAUGACCUCCGGCAGCAACGUGCUCUGCGUAUUAGACAUGGACAACCAGAUCGAGUUCGACAUCCUGCAGACUGCCAUACCGCUCGACCCCACGACUUAUAAGAGCGAGUCUGAGAUAUGACGGCCCACGAGUACACACACUUAUUUUGUUAAAUUACAUUUAAAAAAAAUACAUUUAUUAUUUAUAUAUGAAUUAAUAUUCAUGCAA